CGUUAGAAAUGUAUCGAUAUUGUCGUCGAAAUGUAUCGAUAUUACGAAGAAAGUGGUAACUGAUGAAGAAAAUGACGAAAAAAUAUCAUCAACUAAAAGUAAAAGCGGAAAACAAGACCUUUGUGAAGGUACGACGCAUUCCGUGCUUUCUGUCCAACCAUCAAUGGCGUUGAAUAGACAGGAUGAUGAUGGCGUUAAUGAUUCGAAAUCGCGCGAACAAACUGCCUUGGUAGGACUAGAAAACAUCAGCACUGCAUCUGCUGCUGUAUCAGUGGAAUCGAACCCGUCAUCUUCAGUUUUAGUAUCAGAAAAGCCAUCUGAACAGUUAUCGAAGUCUCUCAUUAUGGAGCAAGUCAAAGAACCAACCCCUCGUGUGGCCUCCAAAACGCUCGUUGAAUUGAGCAUUGAAUCAUCGGUAACUUCGCAGCACGAUGUGCAACCUGAAAAACCAGUUGACGAUGUAGAAGAGGAAUCUGUUGAAGCGCGUCAGAUUGAAGUACCGAAACGAGUUUCGAGAGUCAAAAAAGAUGCUGAUAACAUGUCAAUGCAGCAUCUUCCCGUAGUCAAAUCUUCGAAAGAAUCCGUUCCCGAAGAAGCGAUAUCGAUUGCUGCCAACGUGAAAGAUGAUUCAAGGCAAAAACUUGUUAGCAAAGAUGAUCGAACGCAGAAGACUCUUAAACAAUCCCCAUCGGUACCUUCACAGACGAAAUCUCGUCAAACAAAUGUUAGGAAGUCUAUUGACGAAACGGUUACCGAUGCAGGGAAAAGAGAAGAUUCAGGAGUGGGAUCG